AUGUCCGCCUCAACAAACUUCACCUUCCCCUCCCACCCCACCUCCCGCUCUCACGCCCUCCAAAUCGUCGAAGGCACUCGCGCCCUGGAACAAUCUCCUUUGGCCCCCAAGUCUUCCUCCCAGUCCUCACCCAAAAAGAACCACCACUACGCCGAAUCCACCACCUCAACAUCCAGCUUCUCCAGCCGAACCAGUCUCCUCAAGGACAAAUUCCACUCCACUUUUGGAUCUUCUUCACCGUCUUCAGAAAUCAGCAAAAGCAAGAGCAAGAGCAACAGCAAGAGCAAGUCCAUGAGCAGCGGCAUGGGAAGCGGCAAGCGGUUUGGCCUGAUUACCCUAUGGUCAGGUCAGAUCGUUAAAAGUAUCGAUAGCGAGUAUGGACAAUGA